AAGAAAAAAUUUGCUAAAAGAAUGCAGGUCACUUCAAAAUAGUUUUUUUAGGUCGUGGGAAUGAUAACGGGCCUCAGAUUAAUUGUAGUGGGAGGGAGUGCAUUCUUUAAAUUCUCAGUUCCUACCCAUUAUGAAACUAAGAGAUUCACCUUGUGAUGUCUUUGAAGAACGACAUGCCUAAGUAAUAGGAUAUGUUAUAUGAAUCGUGUAAGAAAUUUCGAAGUGUUCUUGCUGCGCAGACGAGUUUCCUUACGUUACGUAAACAAGUCAAGGCUGUGGUACUGUCGUCUGCGUGGGAGUUCGAAGUGUAGCGCGGCAUUGGUAGAAAUGCAAAACAUCCGAUCGUCAGAAGAUACGAUUAACUUAUCGUCGAUGACUUGCAAAACAUGUCAUUGUUAGGCAGCUGAACGUCCAGUUGAUGCCGUGAAAGAAAAUGAACAUUACUCGAAGAGGAACAUGGUGGUCUUCAGCAAAUUGACAACUACAACGUGUACGUGUAGAGAAUAUGUUCACCCUUGGACGAAUUCCUGCACUGCUGCAACAGCUGGAUUGGGCUACAAUGCAUCGAAACAAUCACUUAGAAUAUACGUAACCGUAUAUGUGUUAGCAAUGCUGAUGAGAGGCAAAAUACCUACACUAAAAGAUCUAAAAAGUUUGAUCCUGCGAAUCAGUCAGUCAACUGCUUUUCUGACUUGCCAUGCCUCUAGCUAUUCCUUAAUCCUUUGUUGUAUAAGGUAUAUCUUUGGAGGUUUCAAUGUGUUCACAGCAUCAUUUGUACCAUCAUUUCUAGCUAGUUAUGUAUCAAUUUUAGUUGAGAGACCUUCUAGGCGAGGAUUACUGACUCUUUAUGUAACUAAUGUGGCUUCAGAAACACUCUUCCGCAUGGCAGUAUGGCGAGGUCUUGUCCGCCCCAUCCCUCAUGGAGAAAUAGCUAUCUUUGCUAUGGCAGUUGCAGGAAUACUCUACAAAAUGAAAAGUAAAGAAAAGAACAAAGAUUCUGUGUUUGGUUUAUUAAGAUAUAUUGUGGGACCAUGGGAGGAGAAGAAAAGUAUUGAAGUAAAUGACCAAAGUUCCAUUCGUGAAAAUGUAGAUAGAGAUAAAACAAACCAACAGAAAGGAAUAAUUAAUAUGUUUUUCAAUAAGUGGUUCAAAAUAUUUAUUAUAUUAUGGAACAAGUUUAAAACUCUAAAGAAACACAGAACGUGUGAACACCCUUUCAGCUGUGUACACUAUGUUACACAGGGUAGCUUGAAACUCUUUUCUGUGGGCUAUAGCCUACAGGUGUGCCUUAAACUGCUAUUACAAAUGAAGAGAAUUGUCAAAAAUCCAAAGUUGAUAUCUCGGUGUUUGUUUCAUAGAGAUGCUCUUCGGUUUGGUGCAUUUUUAGGUGGUUUUUCAGGCUUAUUCAGGGUUACCUCAUGCUUACUUCGCUGGCUUACAGACUGUAAUUCAGCCUGUCAUUCAAUUCCUGCUGGACUUGUGGCUGGAUUAUCAUUUACGUUCUUUCCAGAUGUCACAAUUGCUCUGUAUCUCUUAUGGAAAUGGGUUGAGCUUAUGUACAGUGAUGGAGUUGAAAAAGGAUAUUUUCCUGAACUUCCCGGUGCUACUAUUUUAUUAUAUUGUACUUCUACUGCUGUUUUGUUCCAUGCUGCAUUGCUGGAACCCAAUAAUUUACGCCCUUCAUAUUGGAAAUUUCUUCAUCGAAUUUCUGGUGGAUGGAUUGUUACUAUGGAUCGCAAGCCAAUGGAUGUAUUUGGUCUGGAGAGCAGUUCCUCUCUUGCUAGAGUCUUGAAAGAAACUGGAACAAAUUAUCUAUUAUAUCCACAUUUUGGAUAGAUAAGUAAUGAAAGUGUGGUUAAGAUAACUUCUUUAUAAUAUCUUUAUCGUAUAAAAAUGUAAGAUACAAUGUAAUGUAAUGGUUGCAAUCAGGAGCAUAGUUAGGUUGGUGCAUCUAGUGCACUGCACCAAAAGAGGACCCUCACUAUCCUUCAAUGAAGGUUGGCUUGGAAAAAAUUGUAACAAAUUACCUGUCAACUGUAUAUUCAAAUAAAAUGUGCCUUUGAGAGAAUCAAAUCAGUUAUUUCAAAACAAACAAAGAAUUCUGGCAGCACAGUGUUCUGCACAGUGUUCGAGCCAGAUGGGAUUCACAGUACACAUGGUAUAUUUAUGCACAUGAGUCAGCUUGUCUGAUACUUUCCAUGUCUGUUAUCAGAAAAUGAAUUUGUAAAAUGUUUGGUAGUAAAUUAUGUUAUGUAAAACUGGCAACAGAAUAUAACAAAUAUAUGAGCAUCACGUAUUGUUUGUUUCAGAUGAUGCCUUCAUUCAGGACGGUUACUAGUUCUACAUUACAAACUUUUUAAAUCCAAAUUUUUUUAUGAAUUCAUUCUUCAUAGUUCAUUUACUUCUGCCUAACAUGAUGAAUACGCUGCUUACUGAAUGUACUUAACUAUACUUUUUACAUUGGUGUCAUGUAUAUUUCUGCAGCAGAGUACUAGCUGCCUGUUCCCCUCGUCACCAACAUUUUUUGUUGUAAUUUUACCGAAUUCCUUAAAAACAAUUGCCAUAUAUUGAACACAUCUCCUUUCAAAGGUGUAUUCCCAUUCAGUGCAAGUGGACCGAAUUUCAAGAUCAAAUUUACAUUGCAGUAAAUUGGCAAGUUUUCUGAAAUGAAUAUUUGAGGAGGUUUAAACUAAAAUUUCUUGUGAUAGAUCUGCACCCAAGGUACUUCUAUCGUCUUCUAUUGUCAGUACUUACAGAAGUGUAUAAAAAAUUUACAUUGAUAACAUUUUUUAUAAUUUGAUAUUUUUUCAUAAAAAAAUUGGGAAAGAAAAUCUUUAAAUCUGUUUAGUCAGUGUUUUCAUUGUUCGAAUUUGUAUUUUUUAUUAUAUUUAAUUGAUUUUAAAAUUGUUUAAUGUUUACUGUAUAAAGUCUUCUUGUAAUAGUACAGGUUAAUAACUUUUAUCUCUUUUAAUUUUAUUAAAAGUUCAAUUAAUUAUCCUGUAAGACAAAAUUAUUUUAUUUUGAAAAACCUUAUUGUUACUUUUUAGAAUAAUUGAUAAAAUCAAGUUCUCAACAACUGCUUAAUCUUAUUGUAAUGGUAAGCAAGUGCCUAACUUUAUUAACAAAUGAUACAAUUAACAACCCAUUUUUUGAUUCACUUAUUACUCAAAUUCAUAAAAUUGUUUACUUUUGUUUAAAUCUGACAAACAUGUUUAUACAAUUAGCAUAAUAAGUUAAUGAUAGUUAGGACUCGCUCGAUAGGACCUUCUUCUGUAAAGCCUCUGAGAAACAGCAAGUUAUUGAAAUCUCUUCAUUUCAUGACUGGUAAUCGCAGUUGUGGGUUCCAGUUGAACCGUGUAAAUCAGGGCCUCCAAGGACUUAGCUAUGCCUCUGGUUGCAAUAUGAUGUAUCUUAUAUAGUUCAAGAGUUGAGUUUGAAAAUAUCUUAAUUUCCAUGACAUGCAGUAGAAUUCUUCUAUUUUCUUUCAUUAGAAUCUUGCCCAUUUUAGCAUAAAUGGGAAUCGAAGGGAUUGUCAGAUUUUAUGUAUCUGAAUUUGAUUCAGUUUUUACAAUGUUCCUUUAACUAUUGCUUCUGAUUAUUCUGUUUCUUUAGUCAAAAACUGUGAUUUCAAAAAUGAAUAAUACAUUCCACUUUGGGAUGUGUAAAACAGAAUUAUCAGGAUAAAGGUUGACUCUCCCAAUUUUUUAUGUUUCAAACUGCGUACUAGUAAUUCUUCUUUUGUUUAUAUUUACUGCAUUUAGUCUUGGUAUAAAGAAGGUGCCAAAGACUUCUCCUUUUACUUAUACAGGUGUAUUUUAACCAGUACACUCAGAAUAUUCUUUACUCUAAAGUAGAAGGAAUAUAUGGUUAAAAUUAUAUUUAGAUUCUAAAUAGUUAUUUUGUCAUGGGUGAACUUAUUUAUAUGAAGUAUUGGAUACCAUUUGUGUGAAGUAAAAAUGGUUAAUUUAAUUUCCAUGUGUUGAAAAUCCUCCAAAUAUUUUAAGGGCUUUAGAACAAUUGGGAGUUGUAACAGUUCUCUGACCAUAAUAUUCUAUAUUGUUCCUUUUUGCUUUGUUAUUUAUUUGGUAGUAAAACUAGUACAAAUCCUAAAACAUUGCCAGUAUAUGAAUUAUGAAAAAUAAUUGGUUAUUAUUAUGUAUUAUAGACUUUCCCAAAUUGUGGGCCAUUGUCAAGAGAAACUUCAAAUUGUAUAAACAAGCUAUUUCUUGACAUUUUGCUGGAAAGUCAUUCUUCUAAGUGGGUUGACUGUAUGGAUCAUUCAGUUUGUUAUUCUUUAAUCUUUAAUGUAUUUUACAAGAACUGUAGGUAUGAAAUGUACUGAACUGUGAAAUGGAUUGAAUCUGGAUUUUGGGGGCAAUUUUUAUGCGAGAUAUGCACAAAAAUAUUUAUUCCACAUUUAAAGAAUUAAUAUAUUUUGUUAUUUUAUGACUAAUUGGAAUUGAGGGGAUAAUUAUGAAAAUGCAUUUGCUUUGGACAGGAGAGAGGUUUGUCAGAACAUUAAGCAUAAGGGAGGGAGUGAUGCGUGUCUUAAUAUAUUUUACAAAGUGUAAUGAAAUAAAUAGGAAGUUCUUCAUAAGAUAUUAAAUAUUUAAAACAUAAGUUCAUUCAAAUGAUAAAACCCUGUUCAGAAAAGACUGGUGGGAGAGCUAUUUCUUUUCAGUGAAAAGUAUUAAAAGCACUUUUACAAUGCAAUGGGAGAAACAAAAAAAUUCAUUAUCUUUGUUAAUGAAUUUUGUGAACACUUGUCUUUGCAAUUCUAUUACAAUGUUGGUGGGAAAAUUGAAAAUUAACAUGUAUACCUUUGAAUUCUUUCUGAAAAACUUGUAUGAAAAAUGAAGUAAUUUACAAUUGUGAUAUUGAUUAAGUUGUAAAGCCAUCAAUGUAUUGACUUUUGUGUUAAUUCUUCGCCUCUCUGCCUCAGUUUUUAUUCUUUUCCAUUAUUUGUUGAGAAAUAUAUUUGACUAUAAUUUCUCAUUUUAAAUUACCAAAGAGCUGAUAAGAGUAAUGUACAUGAUCUAAGUUGUAUCUUUUGUUGAAGUAUCCAGUGUUUAAUUGUCAUUAAAGGCAUUUAUUCAUUGUUGGAAAUGAAUAUCCAUUUAAAUUCAUUACAAUAAUAGCAAAAAUCAAAAUAGUUUGGGGCUAAAAUUUUCAGUUUUUCUCUGUGCAUUUUACAUAAAGAUUUUUUAAUAAAUACUUUUGCUACCUCCUGUUGUGGACUGGAAGUUUAGGAAAAAUUACUUUCUGUGGUUUUUAUUUGUUAUUUCAUUAUGUUAAUAAUCCUGCUAAAAAUUUCAGUGAAUGUGUUCUAAAAUUUUCUUCAACAUCUACAGGUUUCUUUCAAAAGGUGCUAAAAAAUAAACAAGCAAUUUCUGUACAAGCAGAGUCCAGUUUUCAACAAAAUAGAAAAGACCCUACUUGAACUUUUUGUAUUUAGUCAAAAACUUAUUAUAAUUUAUGUAGAAGGUUAUGGUAAGCUUGCCGUGGUUUUGAAAUGUACUCUCAUCGGAGAGACUUACAGUGUAGCAAAGGACUGCAAAAUCCCACUACAUCUCAGUUGCUAAUAUUUUUUUCAUAGACACUUUCUAGGGCCCGAUGUAUUAUAGAUGUUCAUCAGAUAUCAUCAGCUGGAAAGCUUUAAAGGCAUUUAUUGUUCUUAAUGAAUAUUUUUAUAGUAAAAUGUGAAAAUAUUGAAAUAAAUAAUUUUAUAUUUUUAUGUGUUUAUGAAGUCAACAGCCUAGUGUUGUCUGUGUUCAUGUAAACCGGAAGAGAAUAACUUAUUUGUUUGUACCUACAUUGGUGAUGUGAACUGUUAUUUUGAAUGUAUCAAUAUUUUGAUAUAUACUGACUGAUCAAAAUAAAUAGCACAAAAUUGAUAAAUUUAUUUUUUCCUAGAAAAUUCCACAUUGCUGUAUGAAUGUGAUUUUUUGCUUGAAUUGUAGACAAAAGCUUCUGUUGCCAUUACAUACUUCAUUAAUAUUUUCUUAGAAAUAUAUUUUGAUUUUAAAAUUACUAUAUUUUACCUGUUUCUCAUGUUGGCAUUCAGUGUCAUUGAAUGCGAAUAAUAAUUAAAAUUUGUAAUUUCAACUAAUAUUGACAUGAUACAUUUGUUAAUUAUGACAUUAAUUACAUUUUUUUACUACAAAAUGUAACUGAUGUGAAUAAUUGGUAUUCUUUCAUACACUUCUCUAAUAUUUCAAAAGUAAGCAGAACCAAUAAGAGAAAAUAAAAAUUCCGUUAACAAGAAUUUAAAAUUAAAAUAUGUGUUUGAGAUUCUUUUUAAAAUUCAGUCUUCUUUUUUCAACUUUUUAUUGGCAUUGAAUGAAAAACAGUGUUGCUCUUGGAAUUUCUCAUUCCUCAUGAGUGGAAAGGUCAUGUAAACUUUCAUACAAUAAUCAAAGAUUAAAAUGGAUUAACAGUAGUACUGUAUGAUUCACUGCAUUAUUCAUACAAUAAGUUUAAAGGAAAAAGGUGUUAUUACCAAAAAAAAAAAUAUUGUAAAUUUUUUUUUGGAAACAAACGUUAUAAUUAAAUAUGUGAGAAUUAUUAAUAUUUUGAAAUAAAAGACCCUGAAGUCCUAUGCAAUAUUCUAUUCAAUAAAGAUAGGUACCCCAAAUAUUGAUGGAAGAUAAUUGUAAAGGCA